AACCUUCUUUCUGAAACCUGGCUAUUUUUCCUGUGUCUGCUCAACUGGGUAACUCUUUUCUUGGCUUACCAAAGUUUGUUUUGCACAACACUGGUAAUCUCUUGUUGUACAAUUCUCACCCAUUUGUAUAUAUGUUGUCAAGUUUCUUUCUUUAUGAUCAAACAUCACCCAGGGCUUCUUCACUUAGGUCUGAUUUGGAUGAUGUGUGUGUAUGUAUAAGUAAAGGGUAGAUUAUAUUAUCUUCAGAUUUUGUGUUUGUGUGUGUGCACCCUCCAAUUAAUCAACUUUUACAUCCAUUUAGUAUUGGGCAAGGAGUAAAAAGUUCAAAUGUCAGAAACAUAUGAUGAGGAUGAGGAUGAAAUUAUCGAAAAUCUGCCAUUUAAGACCACAAAGGAGCCUUUAAAGGUAAUGUUGUUGCAUGGGAUUUUGGAUAUAUAUAUCCAAGAGGCUAAGCAUCUUCCAAAUAUGGAUGCGAUCAGUUCCAUGUUUAAUAGCAAAUGCGGAGGUAGAAGCAAGAAAAAUACGAGUGACCCUUAUGUUGCCGUUAAGAUAUCCAAGGCUACAAUUGCUAGAACUUUUGUGAUUCCGGACAGUGAAAACCCAAAGUGGAUGCAGCAGUUUAAUGUUCUUGUAGCGCAUUAUGCUUCAGAACUGUUCUUUCUAAUUAAGGACAGUGACGUUGUGGGUUCUGAGAUUAUCGGGGUUGUGGGAAUUCCCGUGGAUCAAAUUUGGUGGGGGAAAAAAUAUGAGGGUACAUUUCCUAUUCUAAAUGCAAGUGGGAAGCCAUGUAGAAAAGGAGCUGUUUUAACUGCAUCAAUUCAAUACACCUCAAAUGAUAAAAUUCCUCUAUAUCAUGAUAAUGUUGGAUUAGGUCCGGAUUACCCUGGUGUACCAGGUACUUACUUUCCUCUUAGAAAAGGUGGAAAGGUUAGUCUUUAUCAAGAUGCUCAUGUUCCUGAUUCUUUACUACCAACCGUGAAGCUUGACAAUGAUAUAGACUAUGUGCAUGGAAAGUGCUGGCGAGAUAUAUUUUCUGCUAUAGGGAACGCUACUCGUUUGAUUUACAUUACAGGUUGGUCUGUGGUCCACAGAGUUAGACUUGUUCGUGAUGAUGAUAGUAUAACAGGAAGCAGUUUGGGUGAACUUCUUAAAAUCAAGUCACAAGAAGGUGUCAGAGUGUUGCUCCUUGUAUGGGAUGAUCCUACAUCCACCAGCAUUAUGGGAGUCAGAAAGGACGGGAUCAUGGAUACCAAUGAUGAGCAAACUCGGCGUUUUUUCAAGGGUUCUUCAGUUAAAGUGUUACUGUGCCCCAGAAUGGCUGGAAAGGGCCAUAGUUGGGCCCAGAAAAAGGAAGUUGGAACAAUCUACACUCAUCAUCAGAAAACUGUUAUUCUGGAUGCUGAUGCCGGUGAUGGUAAAAGAAAGAUUAUUGCGUUUGUUGGAGGUCUUGAUUUAUGCACCGGACGAUAUGAUAAUCCAGAGCAUCCUCUAUUUAGGUCAUUGAGAACGUUGCACAAAGAUGACUAUCAUAAUCCUACAUUUCUGGGGUGUACUGCUGGUUGUCCACGAGAACCAUGGCAUGAUUUACAUUCUCUGAUCGAUGGGCCAGCAGCUCGUGACGUACUCACGAAUUUUGAGGAGCGCUGGAGAAAGGCAUCAAAACCACGCGGCGUUAAUAAAAUAAAAAAACAAUACGAUGAUUCAUUGCUGAAGAUCGGAAGAAUUCCUAACAUUAUUAAUCAGGAAGAUGCUCCUGAUUCGAGUGGAGAGGAUACUGAGGCUUGGCAUGUGCAGGUUUUCCGUUCAAUUGAUUCUAGCUCGGUUAAAGGCUUUCCGAAAGAUCCAAAAACUACAACAGGCAGGAACCUUGUAUGCGGGAAAAACGUUUUGAUAGACAUGAGUAUACAUGCAGCUUAUGUAAAAGCAAUCCGUGCAGCCCAACAUUUCAUAUAUAUCGAAAAUCAGUAUUUUAUUGGUUCGUCAUACAACUGGGCUCAUUACAGAAGUUUAGGGGCGAACAACUUGAUACCAAUUGAAGUUGCUCUUAAAAUAGCGAGCAAAAUUAGAGCAAACGAGAGGUUCUGUGCAUAUAUCGUCAUUCCAAUGUGGCCUGAGGGUGUACCUACAAGCAGUCCUACCCAAAGGAUUCUUUUUUGGCAGAAUAAUACAAUGCAGAUGAUGUAUGACAUAAUAUACAAAGCUUUAGUAGAGGCGGGGCUUGAGAAUGAAUAUGAACCUCAAGACUAUUUAAACUUCUUCUGUCUUGGCAACCGUGAGGCAGAUGUUGAAGGAUUUCCAGAAGCUGGAAACCAACCAGCUUGCAGUCCUCAAGCACUUGCACAUAAAAAUCGACGCUUUAUGAUAUAUGUCCAUUCAAAAGGAAUGAUAGUGGAUGACGAGUUUGUUAUACUGGGGUCUGCAAAUAUUAAUCAGCGUUCUCUUGAAGGGACCAGAGACACUGAGAUUGCAAUGGGUGCAUACCAGCCUCAUUAUUCUUGGGCAAGCAAAAAUUCUGGUCCACGCGGACAGGUCUAUGGAUAUAGAAUGUCACUAUGGGCAGAACACAUAGGUGGUAUCGAAGAAUAUUUUGAGCGGCCAGAAAGUCUUGAAUGUGUGAGAAAUAUUAGAUUGUUGAGCGAAAAAAACUGGCAACAGUUUGCAGCCGAGGAAGCAACCACUAUGAAAGGUCACCUUCUCAAGUAUCCAGUUGUUGUUGAUCGGACAGGUAAAGUUAAACCUAUUCCUGGGUGUGAAUCAUUCCCAGAUGUUGGCGGGGCUAUUGUGGGAGCAUUUGUUGCAAUUCAAGAAAACCUUACCAUUUGAACACACACUCCAAUCUGAAUGUCUUGGUCACCAAUAGGGUUUCCAUUUUCUUUAGGCUGAUAGGCUUUCUGGUUGUUUAUAGGAUGAACAUGUUAAUUGUACAGAACCCGUGGAUCUUGAUGUCUUGAGCACUAGUAGUCAGUUUACAAGUACAAAAUGAUAUUUAUGCAUUACACUCUUCACGCUUU